AAUAGAUAUAAUUGUGCACGUCUGCACAAAGGCUCUGUUUGUGUCGAAGGCCUUGCACCGAUCCGUGUAGUGAGGCUAGUUCGAUUUUAUAUAUGCAGCGGUGCUCAUAAUUUUUGCGGAAGACGAAGCAAUAAUGGUGCUCGUACGAGGAAUACUGGUAGCGUUUGUGGUGGCGGUGGUUGCAGUGGCGACCUAUGUAGUGUUCGCGCCUAUCCCUGAGGAUGUAGACAGCCCAUGGAUGCUCAAACUUAUUUCGCCAUUGAUGACAAAUGGUCAUUAUGUUGGGAUGUUUCUACCGUGUGGUCUCGUCGAUUGGUUAGAUGAGCGAUUCAGGGCAAACGCACGGGCGAGCGAGCCGGGAGUACCGUACAGAGACGCGGUGUUUGACCGGGUUCAAGUCCGGAUAUUUGCCGCCGAGCCAGCGGAAGGGAAGACCGAUAAACGGCCGGCAAUCGUCUUCUACCACGGCGGAGGUUUUGUAUCAGGUCACAUAGAUGUCUACCACCCGUUAACGGCGAUGCUGGCGCGGGAACUGAAUGCUGUUGUGGUUUCUGUCAAUUACCUUUUGGCGCCAAAAUAUCCAUUCCCCGCGGCAAUAGACGACUCCACAGCUGCCAUAGUCUGGUUCCUGAAGCACCUAGGCGAUUUCAACGUCGAUCCUGCGAGAGUUGCCAUCAUGGGCGACAGCGCUGGGGGCAACCUGGCAGCAGCCGCGGCACAACGGUUAACCUUUGACCCCGAGUACCGUGACCUGCCCAGACUCAAGUUGCAAGUCUUGAUCUAUCCGUGCUUGCAAGCGUUUGAUUUCCACACGCCUUCCUAUCAGCAAAAUGGCGACUACAAUACACUCAUAGUGAACAGAAGAUUUGCGGUGACGGCUUGGAAUAAGUAUCUCCGUGGUAACAGGGGUGACGUCACGGAGGCAAUGGUGAUCAAUAACCACACCUCGGCUGCCGCCAAAAGCUCCCCGUUGGUCCAAAAAUGCCUCUCGCACGACCUCAUCCCUGACGAGUUUAAGAGACCAGACUACAGAGCGCCCUCAACCGACUUCGGCGAUGACGCCCUCUACGAGGAGAUCAAGGACGUCCUCUUGGAUCCAGACUACGCUCCUCUCAUGCGAGAAGACCUGAGAGGACUCCCAGAGGCUUACAUCCUGACCGCCGAGUAUGACGUCUUGAGGGAUGAAGGCAUCAUGUAUGCCAAGCGGCUGGAGAUGGCGGGAGUGCCAGCCACUUUGAAAAACUACAAGAAGGGUUUUCACGGCUUGUUUAGCUUUCCCUCUGAAGUGGGUAAGCAAGGCGUAAAUGAUUUUCUGCAAUUUGCGCGGGAAAAACUGUAAGUUCAUGAAGUUCAAAACGUUCUGUUAUUGUCAAUAACUAGCACAUGUAAAUAAAACAGUAGUCUAAUUGAUAUUUGAUAUGAUGGAUAACAGUACGAAGGACCGUAUUGGUGUUAUGAUUAUUUAGAUGAUGUAUAAGUGAUUCUGCUGUUUGCGCGGAAGACAAUUCUAAGACAAUUAACUGAAAUUGAGAAACGCAAUACGAUAUAAAGCUGAAAUAAUUUACAUUUGUUGAAUUAAUUUAUAAAACUUACCUUUUUUGUAGUUAAUAAGGGGGGGGGCCCUCUGUCACCAAUCUUGCUACAACACAUGGACCUUCUCGUGGAACAUUUGUUUACCAUGGAAUAAAACUUCGGUGCGGCUGGGCAGUGGCUGUUGGGACAAAUAAUUCAAUGACAUGAGAUCAGCUACCUAAUCCGAUGGGAGGAAUGUAUUAGACUUUGUAUAAAAUAAACUAACGAUUAGCUCGUAGGCUGUGUAUUGUCAUAUUCCUUUUAAUCAAGACUGACCUCUUCGAUUAUCUCGUCUUUGAUUGAGACGUUCUGCCCGAUUAGAACUACCUUCAAACCAGGGAAUUCCGUCAAUAUAGUUACCAUGGAACUGGCGUAGGUCAUGCGCAAUUUACUGUGUGCUUCAUCAGGGUUCCUGAAAAUAAAAGAAGUCAAAAUGAUUUAAAAGUUAUGACGAUUAUGUCCUCCCAAUCCGAAGCAAAACAGCAAGGUCACCAAACACAUUAUACCUUUUUUAAAUCUGAAAGAUCGUGUAACUAAAAUAUUCAUUUGGCAUUUUUCUUUGUAGAUAUUGUGAACACAAUAGGAGGGCGCCAUUUUGCUAGAAUAAACCAUAUUAGACAUCUUA